AUGGCGGCCGGUUACCUGGACUUGAGAGAGAAACUGCGAGACACUCAACACUGGAAUCGUUUCAAUAGCCAACAGUCACGUAAACGACGUUACCAACGAGAACAGUUGUUGUCCGAAGGUCACUAUAGCAAAGGAAGAUAUCACAGCUCGAGGACAUUGGGCGGGGACGGCGCCAGUAACAUCAAUAAGACGUCCGAAGAGGAAAAGUUAAGAGAGGUCGAACUACGCAACAUUCAUUCCGGGAUCAAACAGAGAAGAUUAUUUAAUACUUGUCAAUGUGAAGGAAUUGAAGAUAAAAUCGACGAAGUGGUCAGUCUAGGUAAGAAAGGCUACUAUAAGGACCACACGGUCGACAGGGCUCCCUUACGUAUCAAAUACUUUUUUGGAGAAGGUUACACUUAUGGGUCCCAACUUCAUAAAAAAGGCCCCGGUAUGGAGAGACUCUACCCCAAAGGAGAAGUUGAUGAUAUACCAGAUUGGAUCCAAGAACUUGUAAUCAAACCUUUAUACCAGGCUGGGGUCGUACCAGAAGGUUUUAUUAACAGUGCUGUCAUAAAUGAUUAUUUGCCCGGUGGUUGUAUAGUGUCCCAUGUGGACCCUCCACAUAUCUUUGACAGACCUAUUGUGUCUGUGUCGUUUUUCAGUGAUUGUACCCUUUGCUUUGGAUGUAAAUUCUCUUUCAAACCAAUUCGAGUAUCCGAGCCAGUCCUUAGCCUGCCUUUAGACAGGGGGUGUGUUACAGUCCUCAGUGGUUAUGCAGCAGAUGAAGUGACACAUUGUAUUCGCCCGCAAGAUGUGGUUGCCAGAAGAGCAGUAAUUAUUUUAAGGAGAGUGUUUCCAUCUGCCCCAAGAUUACGUCUGGAUGCCUUUCACAGUACGGCUCACAAACGCAGCAAAUUCAAUGGAUUGCCAGCCAUCUGUGAUAUGACGAAUGCCUUGGAAGACAAUAGGGGAGAGGGACACAAAACGUCCGACUCUGGCAACCGAGGAGUUACAACCAAGAGUUCUGUACACAAAGUGUCUAGCAAAACUUUUGCUCCCCACAUGUCUCCUUUGACCUCUGAUGAAGAGGAUGACUUCGCUUGUAGCGGUAAGUCCAGGUCAGAGAUAGUGAAGGUCUUGUCAAAAGUGAUUUGCCCACGUAAAACCUCUUUGUUGUCCACCAAAGAUUAUCCCGAUGACCGGGGUUCACAGUAUCGGCAUGGCAACCACCAUGGCAACAACCACACUCACUCUAGUGAUGAAGACACUUACAGUUGGGCAAAGAAGCCAAAAAGACACAAAGGCUCAUCCCAACAAGUAGCCAAGCACAGAGACACGUGUCGUUCAUAG